AUGUAUAAGCUUCAAGUGGUGCUAGUGCCGCCGAAUUCGGCGAAUGGCUCUUUUCCGCUGUCUUUAAUUCCAGCUACGGCUGAAAACUCGCAAGUGCUCCCAUCCAGCAUGGGAGCCAACGGAUCGGCAAUCCUAGCGGGUGGUAGACCUGAGGUAUUAGGCUCUGGUGGUACCAACAACAAUUUGUUUAUGUCUAGUUUUAUGUCAAGCCACAUUCCACAGCCCAAACUGAAGAAACUACUGCAUUUUACCAAACCAACUAAUACCCUUCUAACACUGGCCGAGGAGAUCGUCGAUAGAUGCGAUAAAAUUUAUCCUGAUUUGGCGCAACCCGUGGAAGUUUUGACACUGCAGGAUUCUAACGAGUGUGACCUUGACCCAGACUAUCUCGUUAAAGACGUUUUCAAUGUCGACAACAUGGUUCGCGCAGUAUUGAGAAGAGACCUUGAGGUCGCUGAAGAUCAACCUCAGACUUUGUACCCCAUCAAAAGAAGACGUCUGAACAGCGAGGCGGUAAAAAGUGGAAUUCCUAAUGGAAACUUGGGUAGUCAACCGAAUGUUCUUCAUAUUGCCAAGAAAAGGCCUCAUAUGUUGCGAAAUUCCACAGCUAUGCGGGUCUCGACCCCAUUGGCAAACCAAAUUUAUCCUCCUGCCAAUGGCAGACAGGUGAAUUCAGAUUAUGAGGACGACGAUGUCGGUGAUCGGUCCAUUUUGCCACCGCCACAGCCCCAAUCGCAACCAAUCAGGAUCAGUUCUGGAAUUGACAGUGCCAAGAAAGUUAACUUCAAUGACAAUACCAUAUCAAGAUCCGAGGCUGUUGAUCCCGACAAAUCUAGACAGCAACGUCUACCAUCGGGCACUCCGAUGCGGCCGCUCAAGACGAGGGUUGCUACAACACCGAACGGAAUAGAAAGUCAAGAUCAACUUCUAAUGGUAAAUGAUGCUGAAAUCACCGCUUCAGCUACACCAAUGGCAACUAAUAACAGAAUAACAUCGGGUAUGCUGCGAAUUCCCGAGCCCAAAAUCUCAGAAGUAGAGAAAGAGCUGAGACAAGGUCCGGCGAGCCCCUCUGCAGUAUUACCAGCUCGUCCUGAUCGUAUACCUAUGAAGAAGCAAGAUAUUCCUAUGUCAGACGACGAAGAUGAAAGUCAAUCAUCUGCUGAAGAUGAUCAGAUUCGAGCUGAAGGGCAUAUAAAGCAAGUGCUCGAGCCUGGCUUCAAACUAUCUGCUUCUCGUCAAACCUCAAUUGCUGACAACAACGGAUCUCCAAUUAAAGAUGGUAACAAGAUUGGUAACGUGAACUUAGCCGAGCUGCCAUCAGUUGGAAGGAGGAUAACUCGCAAAUCAUCCCUCGAGAGUAAAGUCGAAUCUUUAAUCAAAAACGCCAACACUUUGUCGGAGAAGGAAAAAGAAGACUCGCGACACAAUAGGGACGAAGCUGUCGCAACGAGGAGAAAAGAUACAUUCUCUGAUGAAGAUGAUCUAGAAGAUGAUCGGCUACAUCAGGACCCCAAUGACACUGUUAGGGUCAAUCAUAUAGAUAACUCCGGUAAUACUAGCUUUCAAAAGUCCGAGCUCCUUUCGAUGCUUAAAGGCAACAAGUUUGAUAUUCCUUCGGACUUUAGCUCAAGAUCUUUGAGAUCGAAGGCGGGCUAUUUUGAAAACUCAGCAGAAAAGUCAAAAGCUAGUGUUAAAGACGUUAUAAACCAAAGAUUACAGAGAUCUGCAGCUAGAAAGGCAGCAGAGCUUCUUUCUACUGGCAAGUCGAGAAACCCAGAUCCACCGUCAGAGAGUGAGGAGGAGUCAAGCGACAUUGAAACGGAUAGGAGUGACAACGACAAAGUUACAGUAUUGGAAAAUCAGGCGCUGAAGAAGCUCAACAUCCACCCGCUCAAAGAAAGAGUAAUAGGUAAAAGCCUUGAGAAGCAGCUCAAAGCUAAGAAAAACGUCAAAGUUAAAGGCGGUAAAGCUAUUACUGUUGCUACUCCAGAAAAAGGUCCUAAAUCUAAUGUCGGUGCGACGCCUAGCAAAUCUGCCAAGUCGUCCGCACUGGCCACUACGAAUUGGGAUGCUUCAGAAAAAGAAAACAAUAACAUCACCAAAAGUUCCAAGGAUCUCGCUGAUAACACAGUCUCGAGUUCUGCUGCAUCGAAAACGUCGUCAAGAUCCACACCUAAUUCGGAGCAGUCGGCCGAUUCUCGAACGAUAGGUGAACAUCCCCCAGGUUUGACGGGGCCCCAGGAAAUUUCUUCUAAUUUGAUCAAAGGCAUUUCGCCAGCACCACCUAAUCCUGACACUAAGCCCUAUCAAAGCCAAGAAUUUGUAGAGGAUUCCGAUAAUGAUUCGCCAAACGUAUCAUCUCUCCAGAAUGGUGCUAGCAGUACAACGAAAUCUGUCUCGAAAAGACCGCCACCUUCUGUUCUUAAGAGAAAAGAAGACGCUGAACGAAAACGUAAGGAGAGAGCAGCAUUGAAACGAGCUCGAGAAGAAGAACAUACGAAAAAGAAGGCUGAGAAAGAAGCUAAGAGAAGAGAGAAAGACGAAAUUGCAGCCCAAAAGAAAGUUGAACGCGAAGCAAAGAAAAAGAUGAAAGAGGAAGAGACAACUAAAAAACGUGAAAUAAAGACGAAUUCCAAAGCUUCUGAGGCAGCUCGCUCGGCGGCAUCUGAGCAACCUGUCAAGAAAUCCAAGGAGCAAAAAUCAGCAAACGAAACUGAUAGCGAAAUCCAAAUAAAUAGUAAGCCCGAGAAAGGAGAAAGAGGUAAAAACGGCGUAGAAGCGGCAAAUAACUUGGAUACCGGACUUGUCCUGGACGGUAAAAGUGCUUCUGAUGGAGGAAACGUUGAACCUAGUACUUCUUUAGAGCCCCAAGAUUUGGCUCAAUAUUUUACGACAGGCGACAAGACCAAAGCCACGCAAAGACCAAAGGUCUCCGCAAGCGCACCGGCGCAGUCCCCUGAGGAAGACAAAGCAUCCCAAUUGCAAAAGUUGAAAUCUCAAUACACUUCGGGAAAACCACCACCAUUAGAAAGGGAAAGAAAAGAUCAAGAGCCUCUAGAUAAAAGCGCUUCAAGCUCCUCAAACUCUGUAGAAGAUGUACCGGACGCUGACAGUUCCUCUGACGAAAAUAACUCAUCAGGAGAUUCUUCUUCAGAUGAGGACGAGUCGACAACGAGCAAAAAAUCGCGGAGAGGAAUCGUUGACACCCCAAAGGGGGCUAUCAUUUCUUUGCCCAAACGUGCAAAAGCGAGCGAUCUUUCUGCUUUGGAAAAUGCGCCUCAGUCAACCCAACAAACCUCGGCCGAUCAGCCAUUAGACAGCUUAACAAAAGUUCCCGUUACGAGAUUGAUGGAAAUGUCCUCUCCAAUUUCAAAGCAACAAAGUCCUUCGUCAAUCAGAAACUCCAAAAAGCCACAAUCGAAGCCAAGCAGGUCUUUGAGCUCAUUGUCCGAUUUAGUUUCUCGUGGUGUACCCGAAGUAAAAGACGUUUCUCUGAAAAGCAGCCAAGCACCAUUUCGGCCAACUGCUGAGAAAGAAGGAUCAAGUGACGAGCAAAGUCAAGAGGAGUCCGACGCAAGUGAAAGCCAGGAUGAGAGCGACAGUAGUAAUGGCUCUUCUGACAGUGAUAGCAGUUCGAAUUUCAUAAGUGCCAAAUCCGCCAGCAAAGCAUUGGGACGCCAUAAAAGAUCGAACAGCGGAUUUGCAUCUCUAGUUAAGGACUCCAAAAAAAAUUGA